UACCUGACCGUCCAGCAGUUGAAACCAUGUUACUGCGCUGAGUUUUUGUUUAAUAAAAAUAUGUUUCGCUUCUCUUAUCGCCUGAAAGUUAAGCAUUUUUUGUACUUAGUGCUCUUUAUUUAUUUAUUUAUACUCCUAGAGCGAUUUUAUUUGUAUGAUGAACGCCUGCGCGAAGAUCUGAGACUGCUGCAGCGUCAGCUCAUCUAUGAGAAGCCGAAUCCACAUUGGAACUACAACAACAGCUGGCGACGUAUCGGAAAUGCAACGCUGAGGCAUGAGAUAUAUUCCGCCUACUUUGAUAUACGAACGGAUCUCAUACACAACGUGCAGCUGGACGAGCAUCAGGUGACUGUUGGCUCGUUGCGUGUUUUUGCCAUUUUGCCGGAGAGACUGCGCGACUCCCGGAUUAGUUGCAUUGUGCGCUAUGAGGACUUCAGCAGUCGUGAGAUUGUUGCUGAGGAGGCGGGUGCCAUGCACGAUGUGCACAACAACAGUUUUGCGGCAUGGAGCAUUAUGUGUCCGCUUCAUGUGCCCAAAGCGAAGACGGUGCGACUGCCACAAGCGGUUGCAUUGAGCUAUGCCUCAAAUCGACUCAGUCAUCUAAGUCCCAGUUACGUUCAAAUCAGUUAUCCACGAAAUAUGACGGAGAUGUUUGGGAAAUCGAGACGGACGAUUUCAGUGUGUGUGGGUCCCUUGCAGGAGAACUACUCGAAUGUGUUGCGGCUGGUUGAGUUUGUGGAGAUGUAUCGGUUGCAGGGUGCGACACGCUUCUACUUCUACUAUGUGGACGCCAGAGAGGAGGUGCAACGAGUGCUGGCCCACUAUCAGCGGCUGGGACUGGCCGAUGUGUUCGCGUGGAAUGUGCAGGCGCAUCUGCAGGAUCUGCACUAUGCGGGCAUUGUGGCCCAGUUCAAUGAUUGCGUGUAUCGCGCCAAUGUCGUGGACAAUCAUCGCUAUGCGGCUGUUGUCGAUCUGGAUGAGGUGCUAAUGCCACUGAAGCACAACUCCCUUGCCGAUUAUUUGAGGCAGUGCGACGAGGGUCGCACCUCGGGCUUUGUCUUUCGCAAUGUGUUCUUCUAUCGGCGCGAUAGCAACGAUACCUUCAAUGCACCCCCCCACAUCAUGAAUCGGCUGCUCUACACGCAGUCGAAGGUGCGCCGAACACUGGAGGUGUUGCCGGCCUAUGUGCGGAGCAAGUUGGUGGUCAAUACGCGUGCGAUUGUCGAGAUGGGUAAUCAUCAGGUGUAUCGCUCGUCGCCGGGCUUUGUCGAUCACGUUGUGCACCAGUCGGUGGGUCUGCUCUUCCACUAUCGCGACAAGUGCAUCAACUGCAAAAUGGUUCUCAUUGUCGACUAUACGGCCAGACGAUUUGGUUCCCUGCUCUUCGAUCGCGUCGACAGCACUUGCCUGCAGGUCUUCAUGGAGCAUCGCGGCAUCUGCUCGCUGACGUAGCCCUGUAGUCUGUCAACUGGCCAUCGAUUUAUCAUCACACCCAUCGCCUUAUCGCCAGCGUUAACGCCCACCAAAAGAGCAGAGCUAAGCGCUGGAUUUUGGAUCUUGUUGGAGAGCUGUCAGUCGAGUGCUGCCUGCAACAUGCUUAAGUUCUGUUCGCUGCGACGCGGCCCAAAAACGUCGUCGCCGCCCCCGCUGCCCGCCAAACGUGUGUCCAAAAGUGUAUGACAAAUUGUUUGUAGUUAACUAAAUCUAGAGAAAUUGUGUGCUUUCUGGCUACUCAAUAAAUUGUGCUUUAAGUUAAAGUAUAUAUAUAUAUA